AUGCGGACGGUGGUUGGUGUUGAGUUGGUCGACGUGCAGCGGCGUCGCACGCCUUCAAAGCACUAUGUGUAUGUCAUCCAGGUGUCAUGGAGCGAUGGUUCCCAGGUCACAAUCUACCGCCGAUACAGCCAGUUCUUCGAGAUGCACACAACCCUGCUGGACAAGUUCCCGGUGGAGGCGGGCACAGACCCGGCUGGACCACCGCGCAUUCUCCCCUUCCUUCCCGGCAAGAAGCUGUUUGGGCGCAGUCAUACGCACAAGGUGGCUGUGAGCCGCGCGAGAACCCUUGCAGAGUACCUCAAGGCCUUGAUCAAGCUGCCCUCCAAGAUCACCACCAGCAGCUGGGUGCUGGAGUUCUUUGAUGCCGCGUCCACGGACAUCAAGCCGCCAUCACAAGGCGAACGCGAGCGGAAACCGCCGUCGCUGCUCAAGCGCAUGAUCUCCACAGACACUAAGGACAUGAUGUCACUCGAGCAGUACCGCGCGGUUGCGGACUACAGGAAACAGGACAAGAACGAGCUCACCUUUGCCUGCGGCGAUGUGUUUGACGUCGUCGAGAAGAACGACAACGGGUGGUGGUUUGUCACCAAGGACGCAGACACGCAGGGCUGGGUCCCCGCCACGUUCCUGGAGCCGCUCGAGAAUCCAGAGAAUGAGGAGCAGCACGGCGCAGCCGUCCCAGCGAAAGAUGAGAAGUACAUCUCGACACAGGCGUUCCGGGCGGAGAACGAGGACGAGAUUGGAUACGACAAGGGCGCUGUCGUCACUGUGCUUGAGAAGAAACUCGACGGAUGGUGGAAGGUGUCGUAUCAAGGCAAUGUUGGCUGGACCCCCGGCUCCUACCUCCGCCGCCUCGAGGUGCAGGAGUAUGUGCCCACGGGUCUGCUUGAAGACGGCGACACGGCAUCCCACAACGAAGUCGUGCGUCGUCGCCCCCGCACCAACAGCAAGGCGCCCCCGCCCCGCCGCGAGAGCAUUGCGCGGCCCGUCAGCAUCCACGGCGAGAAGGGCCCCUUUGGCCACCUCGGGAAACUGCUCAAGAAGCAGCAGCAAGCACCUGGCGGCAACGAGCGCCGACCAAGCAAGCCAGCGCAGCCAGCGCGACCACGCAAACCAACCCUCGCUCCAUCAUCAUCACCAUCACCAUCGUCAUCAUCAUCAUCAACCAAGCCACCGCGCCCCGCUGCUCCCUCUGUUGCCGCCACCCACAACAGCAACGGCGGUGGCAGCAACAACAAGGUGCUUGUUGCAGAGGAGGCUGUUGAGAAGGAGGGUGAUGCUGGCAUUGCAUUACCAAAGGGCGCAAAGGUUUCGCUUCUCGAGACAUCAGACUCAGGCUGGUCGUAUGUGCAAUAUGGCCAGCAGGAAGGGUGGGCACCAACAGACAUGCUUCGGCCUGUGUCAGGGGCACCGCCACCAUCAUCAUCACCAGCACCAGCACCAGCACCAUUGUCAUCGUCAUCCAAGCCCGAUCGCCGGCCCACCGCUGCUCCAGCGCGGCCAACACGCCCCUCCAUGUCCACAGGAGUCAGCAGCAACAAUCACAGCAACAAUAACGGUGGGAGGGGCGCGACCGCUGCAUCGUCGUCGUCGCCGCUGGCGUCCAAUAACGUGUCUGACGCGAAAAAAGAGCUGGCGAGCCUGUUUGCCAAGUCUGCCACCAGCAAGCCUGCGGGCCCGCCCAAGCCCGCGCGCCCCUCGCUGGCAACACGCCCCACCGUGUCCACAGCACCAAAGCCGCGCCCAAGUGUGGCGACACGGCCAAGUGUGGCAGCACGCCCGCGAACAGGCACGAAGGCGGGACCACCACGACCAGAGAAGCCGCAGCCAUCGCCACCGUCGUCGGCAGUGGCGGCAGGGAGGGCGUACGAGGUGAUGGAGGCUUACACGGCCGACAACGAGUCAGCUGUCUCUGUCAACAAAGGGGAAGUUGUGGAGCUGUUGGAGGAAUCUGAUACGGGCUGGUGGUUUGUCAAGAAGAGCACGGGCCAGGAGGGCUGGGCGCCAUCCGACUUGCUCAAGAAAAAGUCCUCAUCCUCACUGACAUCGUCGUCUUCGUCGUCGUCAGCACAGGCGCCGCCAAAGCCCAAACCGCCGGCCGUGAAGCCAGCACGCCCUGCUCUUCCAACCAAGCCCACAAACAGGUCGUUGAAGGAGAGCGAGUUUUAUGUGAUUGAGAACCACAAGGCUGAGACGGAUGGCGAGCUUUCAGUUCAGAUUGACGAGGUUGUUGAGGUGAUUGAGAGGGCGGACGGCUGGUGGUUCUGCUCCAACGGGACGCGCGAGGGCUGGACCCCCUGUGAGUUCCUGUCCAAGACAAAGGCCAUCGCGUAA